GACUGUUCGCUCAUGCAGAGGCUACACUUGUUGUCUCCUUUAUACAGCAAAAGUCGUGAGAAACCACAGCGCUAUUUUAUGCCGGACGGAUGAAACCCAACAGGAUGGCGGUGAAAGGUAAGAUCCUACAUUAAUCACAUAGGCCUAUUGGUUCUUAUCGGGAAGGAGCAGUCAUUUGCUUUGGGUGGAGCGAUGGGUACACGCGGGUUUGAUGAACGUGGAUUUGAUAGACGAACUUCUUGUUUAUGAACGUCAAGGGAUAAUAUGUAUCGUCUUCCAACAUACGAUGGAUACAAUUUUGGUAAUUAUUUUGAUUUGUUUCACUAUUGGCCUAGUUUUGAAAGUGUCGUGAAAUUGCCUUGUUAUUUAUAAAACAAUCACUCAUCUACCUAUUCUUUUUUAAAGUAUUUUCAUUUUACAAACUUUUAAAAUGAUCCCCUGUGUGAAAAUCGUAUGCUAUAUGAUAAAAUAUGAAGAUGACACCAAUAUAACAGACCAUGGUGACACCAAAUGUAAAAGGUAACACAUUCCGAACCAUUACGACUACUCAUUCUGUAGUAGGCUUACAUCAUUGAAAAUGCACAGCAGAGCAGGACUUCGACCUAAUUACCAGGUUAAUCAUUCAUUUCCAUGACAUCUAGGCUGUGGAUUUGACCUGCCUCUCGGAUUCCGAUCGAUAAACCAAAAAAAGACAGAUCAGCUGUGUGUGUGUGUGUGUGUGUGUGUGUGUGUGUGUGUGUGUGUGUGUGUGUGUGUGUGUGUGACAAAACACAGAUUCCCAAUGAGUCUUACUUUCAUGGGAUUACACACUGAUAAAAAAUACCCAAGAGUAUUGCAUUACAUUAAUAUUUUGUCUGUUAUGCCACCAAAUGAUACACACUGCCCCUUUCAAAAUAAACUCAUUCAUUUUCAUCCCACACUUUUUUAGCAAAUGUCUACAGAUAUAUUGCAUGCGUCGGAAAAACCAAAAGCUAUAGGCUGUAGUUAUCAACUCUUCCACAAACAUUAGUAUUUAAAAUGUAUGUCAUGUAGACUUUCUUUCUUUUUUACGCAAGUUUUAGUUUCUUAUAAUCUUUCUGACUUAUCUCUACCACUUCCUACCUUCAUCCAUAUAUUCCUCCUCACCCCUUGUUUCUGCAAGGAUUAUUUUCUGUGGUAUUUCCUAACAAUGAUAGGCAUGCAUUGUGCCAGUCUGGAGGACCCCAACGCUCUGAUGAGGAUGGGCCUGAGCGUGAUUCUGAUCGGCCACGUCAACUUCCUGUUGGGAGCACUGGUGCAUGGCGCGGUGCUCCGCCACAUCAACCUCCACAAGCAGGCCCGCGCCAUGGAGUACUCCAUCUCCAACGUCAUGGCCCUGAGUGCCGGGCUUGUGGCCAUCAUCGUUGGAAUUCUAGCGAUCAUUCUGUCGAAGAACAAGAGCGACAGGAAACUGACAUGGGCGCUGUUCGCCCUCAGCCUCUUGUCGUCUCUGAUGGGGGCGGCGGCGGCCGUGGGCCUGCUGCUCUCCGUGGUGAGAGCCAUUGUCCAUGGUGGGCGGAGCCUGCUGACCCACUGCCGCUUCCCCGACGCUAUUGGCUACUCCAGCAUCACCAACGAGUGCCCCUUUGACCCCACACGCAUCUACAGCACCACUCUCAUCCUUUGGGCGCCCCUCAUCGUCACGUGCCUGGUCCAGCUGGUGUUCUGCUCCCAGUGCUUCGCCGCCUGCAUCUCCUUCCUGGGCCUGACCUGCUGCCCCGGACCCCCAGCAGACCGCCACCGGGUGAUCGAUGCGGUACGAACUGAGGAGCUGCCCGCCGCCGCCUCCGCUGCCGCGCCGCCCCGCUACACCCCGCCCCCACGCUACGCCCCGCCUCCGAGGCGACCACAACAACAACAACAACAACCGACACAACAGCAUCGGCCGCAGAAUUAUAUGGCGCCGCAGUUUCGCAGCCUUCCUCCGACAGAGAGGCAGCGCGGGCCCCCCCGCAGAGCGAGGCCAGAGGAGCGGGGGGUCGGGGGGGGCCCGCGGGGCCCCGAGCAGCACCGGCUCCUGGACAGGGCCACCCUGGACCGAUCCAGCUUCUGGGUCUAGCUUCUUUUUCUUUUAGAGGCCAGUUUGGGAGCACUCCAACGGCUGUCAAAAUGGCCCAUAGGUGCAAGUGCAGUGGAGAGGAGGUGCAGAGGGUGGACCUGAACCCCACCCUGAGAUUGAGUCGUGGUCCGUAGCGACGGCCGACCUGGAGCCGUUCCAAUGUAUCUUGUUGACUGUCGCAGUAUGACGGUCUUCAAAAUGUGCGAACUCUGACCUUUAGACAGUUGGCACGUCAACAUGUUUACUUUAAAGUUCAACGCACUUUGAGGUGUGCGUGUGUGUGUGUGUGUGUGUGUGUGUGUGUGUGUGUGUUUUUUUAAACUUAAAAGCUGUUUUUUUAAUUUUCCUUGGUAAUCAUGAGGACAAUUUUAUGGACUAAGGACUGCUCAGUUAGAAACUGCUUUUUUUUUCAUCCGUACAGUAUUAUUGUGAGGUCUUUGUUCAUAUUUAUUACCGAAUAAACAUACAUGAUAGCCUA